CUUAAGGUUGGUUUAUAAUAGCCGUAACCGUUAACUUAGGCCGGUGCCGUAGAGGCCGUUACCGUAAUCUGUAAAAGGGGCGUUUAUAAUAGUUCAGUCGGGGGCGUUUAUAAUAGUUACGGUCGCAGUCACACCGUAAAACGCAUAACCCUGUAAAAGUUAUAUUUUUUUAUAUAAAUAAAUUUAAAUUAAAAUAAUGGAUUUGUCGAACAUAAAAACAAUGGAUUUAUCUGAAAUUAUUGUGUGUGGAAUGUUUUUAUCAAUUCUGGGGCUGGCAUACACUGCAUAUGAAGACGCACCGUUGGUUAAAAAAAUAAGGAGAAAACGCCGUUGGAGUGUACGCCCAAUUAAUCAAAAAAGGAAGGACACAGGACAUUUUCAUAAUUUAUUUAAAGACAUGGCGACAGUAGAUAAUGAACAAUUUAUUAAAUAUACAAGAAUGUCGCAGACCAAUUUCUACAAAUUGUUAGGACUUAUACGACACAAAUUAAUAAAGUGGAGCAGACGUGAGCCUAUAAGUCCGGAACAUAGGCUAGUUAUUACAUUAUUCUAUUUGUCUCAAGGCUGCAGUAUGCAAGUAGUUGCAUGGUCCUUUUUGAUUGGAAAAACUACUGUAUCUGUAAUAGUCAAGGAAACUUGUGAAGUAAUAUGGAAUGUUCUUAGUUCCAUAUAUUGCAAACAACCAACAGUCGAAGAAUGGAAAAAGAAAGCGGACGAAUUUUACAGACAAUGGAAUCUCCCUAACUGUUGCGGUGCAAUCGAUGGGAAACAUAUAACAAUUCAGGCACCCAAAAAAUCAGGAACUGCUUUUUUUAAUUAUAAAAAAACAUUCAGCAUCGUCCUCAUGGCUGUUUGUGAUGCUGACUACAUAUUCACACUUGUAGACAUUGGAGCAUAUGGCUCGCAAAGUGAUGGUGGAGUAUUCUUGGAGUCAGUCUUCGGCCGAGGAUUGGAAUCCGGUAAGAUAAAGUUACCAGCAAACACACCAUUACCGAACACAGAUAUAGAUUUUCCAUACUAUUUUGUUGGAGAUGAGGCUUUUCCUCUAAAACCAUAUAUUCUAAGACCUUAUCCAGGAAAGAAUUUAAAUCAAGAAAAACAAAUCUUCAAUUACCGAUUAUCAAGAGCAAGGAGAACAAUAGAAAAUUCAUUUGGCAUUUUAGCAUCGAGGUGGAGAAUCUUGCGAAAUAAUAUCAUUGGCGAAGUUGAUAAUAUAGAAAGGAUUACCGCUGCCACAAUAUGUUUACAUAAUUUUCUGCGCAUUUCUGAAAAAGAUGCCGAACAGCUAGUGUAUUGCCCUUCAAAUUUUUCUGACACUGCUCAAGGAAAUGGUCAUAUUACAGAAGGCUUAUUUCGAAAAGAACAAAUUGAUAAUAGUUUUCAAAGAAUAGGACGCAUGGGUGCGAAUAAUCCAUCAAGAUCAAUGAUUGCUCUACGUGACAGAAUGGCACAUUAUCUUUCGCAUGAAGGAGCAGUUCCUUGGCAGUGGGCACAUAUUUCAAGAGGAUCCAGACCGGAGUGACAUCGAUAAAGACGAGAGCACGAAACUAAUGAAUAAAAAUUAUACUUAGAUUAGCAAAUAAAAAUUGUACAAAACAA